AUGUGUGCUGGCAAUCGAGAUUGUCCUCGUGAGCCACGAGUUGGACGCACUGCCGCGGAGCGUGGGAUCCGCGUAACAACACUCUACACCGAUCCGGAUAGCCGAGCUCAACAUGCCUUGAGCUCCCCCUUCGCUUUUAAUUUGGGGUCGGUGUCGGCGUAUCUCGAUGGUGAUAGGAUUAUUGAGAUUGCAAAGAAAGAAGGGUGUCAGGCAAUACACCCUGGCUACGGCUUUUUGAGUGAGAACUCUGCAUUUGCGCGAAAAUGUACGGAGGCCGGGCUGGUCUUCAUUGGCCCGCCGUAUAAGGCUAUUGAGGAUAUGGGUGAUAAGAGUCGUUCCAAAGAGAUCAUGACAGCUGCCGGUGUGCCAUGCGUCCCAGGCUACCAUGGACAAAAUCAAAACCCUGCCUUCCUCGAGGAGCAGGCGGACCAGAUCACAUACCCAGUGCUUAUCAAAGCCGUCAAAGGAGGUGGCGGAAAGGGAAUGCGCAUUGCCAGUUCCAAGGCGGUGUUUCAAGCUCAGCUUGAAUCGGCCAAGUCAGAGGCCAUGAGCUCAUUUGGAGAUGACAACGUGCUGGUGGAGAAGUAUAUUACCACACCGCGGCAUAUCGAAGUCCAGGUAUUUGCAGACAAGCAUGGUAACUCUGUUGCGCUAGGGGAGCGAGACUGCAGUAUUCAACGGCGUCACCAGAAGGUUCUAGAGGAAUCUCCGGCGCCUCAUCUCCCUGAUGCAACUAGAAAGGACCUCUGGGCAAAGGCACGGUCGGCUGCAGAGGCCGUCGGCUACGAAGGUGCCGGUACAGUGGAGUUCAUUUUCGAUAAUGACUCGGGGGAUUUCUACUUUAUGGAAAUGAACACCCGUCUCCAGGUCGAGCAUCCCGUGACUGAAAUGGUCACAGGACAGGAUCUUGUCCAUUGGCAGAUUUUGGUGGCUGAAGGAGCCAAGCUGCCCCUUACGCAAGAAGAAGUGGAAGAGCGUAUCGCCCAGAGUGGCCAUGGCAUCGAGGCCCGAAUCUACGCUGAAAACCCAGCCCAGGGAUUUAUCCCUGACUCAGGACGUCUACUCCAUGUGCGAACGCCGGCUACUUCAGAGGAUAUCCGCAUUGACGCUGGCUUUGUGCAAGGGGACGAGGUCUCAGCCCACUAUGAUCCUAUGAUCGCGAAACUUAUCGUGCGCGGUGCAGAUCGUGAGGAGGCUCUCCGCAAGCUGGCUGCUGCUUUGGAGGAAGCUCUUCCCCCGAAGACUAUUGAGGAGGAGGUGCUGGCACAGGUUGCAUUGGCCUGUCUACAUCGCGACGCCGUCUCAGGGGCGCGAUCCUCAACCGGAGUUGCGGGAUCAACGGUCGGGUUCACUCCUAGUUACCAAGAGCGACAAUUGUCAUUUACUGAGAGCGGCGGCCCAGGGUCUACCGAUGGCUCCACGUUCAGUGUACGAGUGCAGCAGACAGCAGAUGACACAUUCAACGUGGAAGUCGGCGGAAGAGUCUUUGAGCAGGUGGUGAGCCGCCUGGAUCCAGCGUCACACAUUGUCACAUCGUUCUUCGCGCACACCCGGUUAGAUACAACAGUGGUUCGAGACGAGGACACUAUUAUUGCAUUCCAGCGUGGGACCCAGUACCGGCUCACGGUGCCCCGGGCUAAGUGGAUGGAGAAGGCAUUGGGACUGAAGGAUGUGACAAACAGCGUCCUAGCCCCGAUGCCGUGUAAGGUGCUGCGGGUGGAGGUACAGGCGGGAGAUGUGGUGGAGAAAGACCAGCCGUUGGUUGUUAUCGAGAGCAUGAAGAUGGAGACGGUGAUUCGCAGUCCACAACAGGGCACCAUUGCACGGAUCGUGCAUAAAAAAGGAGAUCAAUGCAAGAGCGGAACGCCGCUGGUGGAAUUCGCCGAGUCUGAAUAG